AUGGCCUCAGGUGCAGGCAUCCGGACCACCCCGUCUGGUAAUCUGGAAUUGGCCACGUCCCUGCUAGCUUUCUUCUCCACAUCCGGGGACACGGAUGGAGACCGUUCCAUUGCUUCAGCACUGGCUCCUGUGGCGGCUAGCACCCUAAUUCUCCGGCUGGGACACCGUUCUCGCCCCUUCAAGGAUGGUGGUGGUAAGCCAUCCCCUGGGAGACUCAAGCCGGAAGACAGGGGCAAAUGCAAGUUGGCCUGGCUUGGCCGUUGGAUUGAGAAGACUUUCGGGAAUCGCUCAGGACCCAGGCGCGGGGCUGCCCCUGGCCAGACCAGUCUCUCCUGGACAGCCGUCAUCCUCCAAGCCUUGGUGGAGCUGGCGGAGGACCCGGAACUGGGGAAUGCACCGAGAGACUUGGAGCCCCCGGCUCCCACUACUGCCGACAACUACCCCAGCGCGGAGGUUUUCGAGGACACCAUUGAGAAAACUUUCCUGGAGGAAAAACUCCUCGACAUGGUGGCUGGGCCCCUGUCGGAACAGGAAGCAGCGGACCUCUGCGACUGCUCGGUCGCAGAGCUGUGUGUCGGGGCCAUGGCGGGUAUCCAGGAACUGGACAAGAUCAGGACCAUCUUCGACGCCUCGGUCAUCGGCGUCAAUGACAACAUCAGGGCGAACACUGACAAGAAGACCACAGCCCCGACUCUCUACGACUUGCUCUUCGCUUGGCUCCACCUGGCGUCGAAGGACCUGACCCUCUUCAAGUCGGACGUGAGCAAGGCUCACCGGAGGAUCAAGGUUCUCAAGAAGCACUGGAGAUACAUGGUGGCCAAGAUCAAGAAGAAGUUCUGGGUCAACAAGGUCGGCACCUAUGGUGUCUUCCUGUGGCUCCUGGUCUUUGUUGAUGAUUUCAUGGCGAUUAUGAAAGAGAGCCUUGGAGAACUGGGGGUCAACCGUUGGCUGGGAUACAUGGUGAACAUCUCAGAAGGUUCGGUGUCGCUCCCGGAGGAGAAGUUGGCCAUUCUCCGCCCGGCCUUGUUGAAGUUGGAAUCAGGGGAACUCCAUACCAAAAAGGAGGUCACCUCCUUACUGGGCAAGUUGCAGUGGGUGGCGAAAGCCUACCCGCAGGUGAGCUCCCACCUCCAACCACUUUAUGCUUGGGAACAGAAACUGGAGCGGAAAUGCAGGCCGGGAGACCUUGUACGUUUUCUGGCAACUCUUCUCGUCUCCAUCUUGGACUCUGGCCCCUGCGUCCCUCUACGUCUACAGCAUAACACUCCAUGCUACGGGAGCAGCGAUGCCGGCGAGGACGAUGGCCGAGUGGCGAUUGGUGGCUGGUUCUCGCCCUCUCUCAACCCUACCAAGGCGGAGGUCCUGUGGUUCUCCAUGGAUGUCCUUACCACUCCAUGGGUUCAGCCCCUCCUGGCACACACUUCGCCGAAGCGCCGGAUUGGGGCCCUGGAACUCCUGGGUACCCUUAUCCUUUUCCUUUUGGCUGCGGAGUCCUUGGGACCCAGCAUGAUUGAUGCUCACCUCCCUCUUACUACAGACAAUGAGGGUAACGCAUUUUCUGCCAGCAAGAGAUCUUCGAAGAAGUGGCCUUGCUCGGCGCUUUUAAUGGAGCUCUCCGCCCAGGAGUUCCACAAAGGUGUCUUUGCUCAAGUCACCCAUGUCAAGAGGAGCUCAAACACGUGGGCAGAUCAGCUCACUCACUUUGAUUUCGAGGGAUUCUCCCCCGGAAAUAGGAGGGAUGUUUCCCUUUCCUGGUCUCCAAGUUGGAUGAUCCUGGACAAGCUCCUUGCUUUCAAAUCGGAGCAAUAA